GUACUAUUUUGCUGGGCUAAUCAAUCUCUUCCUCCGGUCCGCCGCAUCACCGUUCCUCCCGGCGGAAGCAGCGGCCAACACCGGAGCGCAGCAAGCAUGUCCGGGGCGGCGGCGGCGGCGGCGCGGGCGCUGCCCAAGGCGGUGACCUUCGUGACGGGCAACGCCAAGAAGCUGGAGGAAGUCCGCGCCAUCCUCGGCUCCUCCAUCCCCUUCCAGUCCCUCAAGCUCGACCUCCCUGAAUUGCAAGGUGAGCCGGAGGACAUAUCUAAAGAGAAAGCACGAAUGGCUGCAUCCCAGGUGAAUGGGCCUGUACUUGUUGAGGACACCUGCCUAUGCUUCAAUGCACUCAAAGGCUUACCAGGGCCCUACAUAAAAUGGUUCCUUGAGAAAACUGGGCAUGAAGGUUUGAACAAUUUGUUGCUAGCCUAUGAAGAUAAAUCUGCUUUUGCUAUGUGCAUCUUUUCUCUUGCUCUUGGACCAGGAGAAGAACCAAUGACAUUCGUUGGGAAAACAGCAGGAAAGAUUGUGCCUGCUAGAGGACCUGCUGAUUUUGGAUGGGACCCAGUAUUCCAACCAGAUGGUUUUGAUCAAACCUACGCUGAGAUGCCCAAGUCAGUGAAGAAUCAAAUAUCUCACAGGGGAAAAGCUCUUGCUUUGGUGAAAGAACACUUUGCAGCUGCCAACUAUAAAGUUCAGAACGAUGGUUCAGCUUGAACUUGGUGAUGAUCCGACUCCGUUGCGAUUCUUGCCACUUCACCAAGUUGUGACAACCAAUUAAAGAUGUCAAAUACAUUAAAUACGUCUCGCCUAGCUAUCUGCUUGUGCAACAUGCUCGGUGCCUGAAUCUGAAUGGGAGAAUAAGUAUCUUCUUCACCUAUGCAAAGUGUA